AUGGAUGCAGGACUACUACUCACCUGGACGAAGAUGCCACUACCCGGGCAUUCUAUGGCAGUUACGAAUCGAGCGUAUGUGGCUCCGACCACUUUCCAGAAGCUGAUCGCAGAUUCGAGUUCAACUCCGCUGGUCGAGGUCAACCGCUGCGUUUUCAUGCUGGGGCAACAUGCCAUGCCCGAGGAUUGCAUAGCUUUCUCCGACUACCAGCGUACCUUGGCACGGGUCGGUCUCGAGAAGCAGGUGCGGGUGAAGCCGUUUGAGGUACCACCGGAGUUCUUCUUGGCCUCCUGCUCCAUCGAGGUCUCCUUCCCACGGCUUCCACCAGCAGAUGCAAGGAGGAUCGAGAUUUUGGAUUCCGACAUUGAAGAGGAGUUCCGGAAGAGUUUCACCAACCAGGCAAUGGCCUGCAGCCAGCUCUUGGCGCUGCAGGUGAAGGGGACACUUCUGAAGCUGCAAAUCCGAAGCGCCCAGCCUGUAGACUUUGGCAGUGGGGCUGCCAAGCACGAGCUCAGCAGCGUGGGCCUAGUGAGUGACCAGACUUUGGUGAGCUUUUCCGCAGCGCCUCAGGCAUCCGGCAAGCUCUUGGUUCUAAACAACUCCAGCCAACAGAGGACCAUCUUCCAGCCCGACUUCUCCUUCGAGGAGCUGGGGAUCGGUGGCCUGUCCCGUGAGUUCGGUGACAUUUUCCGCCGGGCCUUCGCAGCACGGGUCUUUCCACCCAGAGUGGUCAGGGCAAUGGGAAUCAAGCAGGUCAAGGGCAUGCUGCUUUACGGGCCUCCGGGAACGGGAAAGACGCUGCUCGCACGCCAGCUUGCUAAGUUCCUCAAGGCUGUCGAGCCGAAGAUCGUGGCAGGACCCGAGCUCCUCGACAAGAUGGUCGGGGAGACCGAGCGUAAAGUCCGCAUGCUCUUCGCGGAGGCAGAGGAGGACUACCGCACCAACGGCGAGAACGCACAGCUUCAUGUCAUCGUGCUGGAUGAGAUGGACUCUGUCUGCAAAACUCGUGGCUCCAGCCGAGACAGCACCGGCGUCUCGGACAACAUCGUGAACCAGUUUCUGUCGAAGAUUGAUGGCGUCGAGGCUCUAGAUAACGUGCUCCUGAUCGGGAUGACCAACCGCAAAGAGCUCUUGGACCCAGCGCUCCUCCGUCCGGGACGCCUGGAGCUUCACGUGGAGAUCGGCCUUCCCGACGAGGCCGGUAGGCUCGAGAUCCUCAAGAUUCACACGGCCAAGCUGCAAAAGGGGCGGUUCCUUGACGCCGGCGUGUGCCUGCAGGACCUGGCUACCCGGACACGAAACUUUUCCGGUGCGGAGUUGGAGGCCCUGGUGCGUGCAGCCGUGGCUUCUUCCAUGAGCCGGAAAGUGGACGUCCACAACCUGAACUCCGCGAAGGAUCUGGAUAGCAUCGUGGUGACUGCCUCCGACUUCCAGCUGGCCUUGCAGGAGGUCCAGCCGGCCUUCGGGCAGGACACGGGUUCGCUGGAGGAGUCGGCGGCGAGAGAGGGCAUCAUUCCCUUUGUGCCCGCUUUCACACACCUGUUGCAGAAGCUGGAGGGUUACGUCUGCCAAACCCGCUCGAGUCCUGGCCCGCUGCUUUCGACCACGCUCCUCCAUGGAAUGCAUGGGAGUGGGAAGUCGGCACUGUCGGCACAUGUCGCGAAGCUGUCCGACUUCCCCUUCAUCCGCCGCAUUUCUGGGGAAAGCCUUGCUGGAGAGACAGAGCAGAUGAAGCUCCAGACCAUUAGGCGCACCUUCGAGGAUGCACACAAGUCUCCGCUGUCCCUGAUCGUGCUGGACGAUAUCGAGCGGCUCAUUGACUACGCCUGCAUCGGCCAACGCUUUUCCAACAAUAUCCUGCAGCUGCUGUUUGGCCUUCUGAAGAAGAAGUCCGAGAAGGGCUACCGGAUGAUGGUGAUUGGCACCACCUCGGAGCUCGGCUUCCUCCGAGAGGUCGGCCUGCAUCGGGCUUUCGGCACGGCGCUGCAGAUCCCGGCGCUGGCGCAGCGGAGCGCCUUUGAGGCGGCGCUCCGCACCCGCCGGGGCUUCAGCCCAGAGCUCUUCGGUCGCAG